AUGAUACACUGGCUUUGGGCCAUCUUGGCCACAACCAUCAUCAGGACGUCAGCCCAAGACUGUUUCGAGGACUCCAUCUUGGAGGCCGGAGAUGCUGACGCACUCCGCUUGCUGCAGGGCCGCGCUGCUCGCAGGAGCUUCGCUGUGGAGUUCGCAGACUCCGCUUUGGCAGCUGCAAGCGCAGAUUUCGACUCCGCCGGUUUGCAGCAGAUCGGCAGCAGGAGUAGCAGCACGUUUGGCUAUGCUUUUGCGCUGCUGAUCCUCGCUUCGUUUGCGGGCAUCUGUGUGGAAUGGCUGGCACGGGGCCAACUUCAUCGGACCUUGAUUUCCCUGCUCCUCAUUGCGGAGUGCCUAGCUUCGGCAACGUACACAGUGGUCGUGCCUCUGUCCUACGACCUGGCCACGCAUCUGGGGAAAGGAAGCGCCUUUUCCGGGCUCAUGGUGUCGGCCCCCUUUGCUGUUUACCUGGCAGGUGCACUCCGUGCCAGAUGGGUGAUGAUGUCCUGGAACCAGACAAAAAUCUGUACCUACAUCGUUGUGGCCUACGCGGUCUAUGUGCUUUCCACAGCGCUCUGUGCCGUGGUUGUCCACCCGCCUGGCUUUCUAUUCCUAUCCGGAAAUGCAACUCUUCGCGCCAGCCUGCUAGUCCUCCUGCGCAUGAGCUACGGCCUCGUCGACAGCGUCGGCGAUGUCAUGCAAAUGAUGGUGGUGAAGGUGAGCCCGCAGGAAGAGCUUCGAGAACUGAUGGUCAGCAUUUUUGCCUCCAAUGCUCUGGGUUUUGGCCUCGGCCCUCUGCUGAGCGGCGCGAUUGGAGACGUGGUGCAGGUGUCAGAUGUGGAACUCCGCGCUUGCAUUCCGCUGAUUGUGUUGGCACUUCUUUGGACGGCACUUCUGCUAGCCAUUCGCAGCGCCCUUCCGCUAGAGCUCUCAGAGGCGGAGACUGGCGGCAGACAGGAUGUAGACGGCGUGGAAGACGCAGACCCUGAUGAUACCAUGUGCGAGUCUGGUGAUUUGGCGAUCUCCAGGAGAAUUAUCUUCUGGGCCGGCUUGACAUAUGCGCUGAUCUGUGCUGCUCUGACCUCAUCACUGGAGGCACAAACGGCUCUGGUGUUGGAGCGCCAGCUCCACUUCUCUGCACAGUCCAUCGGGCAGCUUCUGCAGCAAUAG